GCGAAUUUAAAAACAUUAUCUUGGGUGAUGAGACCAAUUCAUUGCAGAAAAAAGGUGUACAGCAAGUUCUCUAACAUAAAAAAUCUGAAAAUUUUCCUGAAGGAUGACAUAGAGCCCAGUGACAUUGGAGGAUGUUGCAACAAUCCUAUUUUUUUGGAUCAUUUUGACUGUUCGGAAGGGCUUGAGAAGCUUAGCCUUUCGGUUUCCAUUGGUUGUAAUGCAGCCCUUCCAGAGCAGUGUAUGUAUCCUUCAGGACUUAAGAAGUUGAAGUUGAGUGGGGCAAAUAUUUCUGAGAGGGAUUUAAAUGUAAUUGCCAUGUUACCCCAGCUUAUCGUGCUCAAGUUGGAAAAUUCCUUCCAUGGAGCUGUAUGGAAAGUUGCAGAAAGAGGAUUUUGUAAAUUAAGAUUCUUGCUCCUUGAAGCUAAAGAACUCAAGCAGUGGGUAGUUGGCCAGAAGAAGCACUUUCGGAUGCUCAGACACUUAGUCUUAAGAUCCUGUAAUUGUUUGGAACAGAUGCCGAUGCGUUUUGAAAGAAUACGGCUACUUGAGUCAAUUGGGUUGGAGGGGUGUCACUCUUCCCUUGUCGCUUCUGCCAAGCAGUUACAACAGAAGAGAAGAUCCAAGAAUGAUAAGAUCAAAAUCCUUGGCCCUGAAUAUGAUGACUCACAGAAUACACCUACAGAAUUGUCUAUAUAUGUAAGAUGACUAGGGCGGUCAGCCUCAUAGUAAAUAACUGUUGGAAAACGUGUAAAAACGGUAGAGAUGAGAAUAUGAGAAGGUUUACCAGCAACUUGGAGAAUACCUUCCAUGCAUGGAAAAGUAUGGAAAGUAGCUAAAGGAAAAUUAUGUAGACUACGAUUCUUGUUUCUUGAAGCUAAUUAAUGAACUCGAGCAUUGGGCAGGUAAUGGUGAUUUCCUACAUCUCAAGUGGUUAGUCUUGAGAUGUUAUUGUUUGGAAGAGGUGUUUAACACAAAAUUUGACCAUGCGGUCAAUUAAGUUGGAUCAGUGUAGCACUUCCGUUGGUUCUUUUGCUAAGCAUAUUCGAGACUGGCAAGUUGAAAUGGGAAAUGGAAUUUUUGAGCUUAGAAGCUACAG